AUGGCGCUACGGGUCGACGUUCUUAAACAGGGACCAAAUCUGACGGAGAGACGUGUUGAUGAACGAUUAGCGCAGGCAAUCACAUUUUGUGAGGAGAUGUGUGGAAAGGUCGACCUAAAGUCGUUAUCACUGUACUCACAAAAUCCGCACUUUCCAUGGCGUAUGGGUAAGGAAUCGCUGAAACGCUUGUCAUCGUUCCAAAAUCUCGAGUCCUUGAUUCUGGAGAAUAUGGUAGAGGCCGAUGUGCUCGACGAUAUCAAGGAGGCCGUGGAUCUGAGAAAAUUGACAAGCAUACGAAUGCGUCUCGACGCAAAGUAUCAAAGUGGAAUCGAGGAUAUUCUCUUGUUGUGGCGAACGCUUCCCGUUCCAUGGGUGAUCAAGUCGAUUCUCUUCAACUCGACGAUCACCGUGGAUGAAUUCCGUACGGUGGCCACUAGUCAAGGAGUGUUCGACGAUACGUUUACAUACACACCGUUUACUGGUUUCUGCACCCAUCAUCCGUCCGAUCCGAACGCGAAACUACAACUGGACUGCUACGGCGCUGGAGUCAGUACUUAA